UUCACUUUUUUAUCUCACACAGCUAUACCCGACCCCUCUUCUCCCCGGAAAUUCCUCAAAACCCCCGCUUUCUACCUUCAACACGAAAAAACCAGAACAGAGCCAACAAAGUGCAGAGAACCUACUGAAUCGCAGAAACCAUGAUGCGCCGCACCAAUAACCUCAUAUCCGCCAUUAAUUUCAUCACUUUCUUAUCCUCCAUCCCCAUCCUCGGCGGAGGUAUUUGGCUCAGCAGCCGCGCAAACAGCACCGAAUGCCUUCGAUUCCUCCAAUGGCCCAUCCUCAUCAUCGGAAUCACAAUCAUGGUGAUCUCCCUCCUGGGCUUCCUCGGCACCUGCUACCAUCAGUCAUGGCUUCUGCAACUCUACCUCCUCGUCAUGUUCCUCAUCAUCGUAACCCUAACCGGCUUCAUCGUCUUCGCAUUCGGCGUGACAGACAGCGGCCAUGGCCAGGUGAUUGUUAACCGAUUGUUUCUGGAGUACCAGCUCUCUGAUUACUCGGGAUGGCUAAAGAACCGAGUGAGCGAUCCCGAAUACUGGUUCAAAAUCAGUUCUUGUCUUCGGGAUGCGCAUGCUUGUUCGGGGAUGCAUCGAACAGUGCAGGUCCCGACGACAGGGAUGGUGGUUUCGGAGUCUGUUGAUAUGUUCUACCACCGCCGGCUUUCCGCCAUUGAGUCAGGAUGUUGCAAGCCACCUACAUCAUGCGGGUAUGUGUACAUGAACGAGACGCUAUGGAACGUCAACGCAGGGAUGCUCGUGAACGACAUCGACUGUAUUCGUUGGAGCAAUGAUCAGCAGCAACUGUGCUACCAGUGCGACUCAUGCAAGGCCGGCCUCUUGGCCACCUUGAAACGCAGCUGGAGAAAAGUUUCAAUCAUUAACAUUGUCAUCCUCAUCAUCCUCGUUUUUGUUUAUGUUGUCGCCUGCGCUGCGUUCAGGAACGACAAGCGAAUGGACAAUGAUGAGGCUUAUAGGGAGGCAAGGAUGACCAAAUCCAGGCCUGGCAGGUUCGAGUUAUAGCUUAUGUUCCUGCAAUUGAAAUCAGUAGACGUUAGGAGAUUGUGUGGCCUGUUGUGUUUGUAGUGAUUGUAUUAUUCUUGGGUUCUCUUUUCUUUAAUGUGUUUAGGAGAAAGGGCUAGAUUGUUUGUAGUGCUUUAAUUUGUUAAGUAUGAAUAAUGGCAAGUGCUUUUAUGACAUCCUUUCUUAUGGGUGG